AUGUCCAAACCACCUACACCAACUGAAAAUUCUCCUGUCGAUCUUACCAAUGAAAAUAUUACUACCACUACUCCUUCUUCACAAACAAAUGGCACUUCCACCACUACCACUUCAAUCUCACAAACUAAUGGUACUUCUUCUCCUAUUUUACAAGUUAAAGAAAUUAAAAGAAAACGACCUAUCGAAUAUAUCGAAGAUGGCAUUCUCGAU